GAGAACGGGGCCUAAAUGGUGCUGAGCUCUGGCUAAAACGGCUUGGCAGAAGUUACUAUUUCUAGCUUCGUCUCAUCAGGAACCCCUAACAGAAAGAAGAACAACAAAACUUUCAGUCCUUCAAAGGUACGACUGGCAGGUGAUUUAGAAUCUUGUUUUUGACAUGACUGCUAAAUUGUCUCUUGCUUAUCUUUAUGUGCGGUCCGCAUUCUCCAGAAGCCGACCUUGUCUGUCUUUACGUUCUGCCGUACCGCACUAUUCUAAUGGAGCUCAGAGAAUGACGCUCUCCCAACUAAUGUCUCCCCUCACAUUUCCAAGCUCCGGGUUUGACUUGACUGAUGCCUCUGAAAAUAUUGAGGAAGAAACCCUUCCGACGUAUAAGGCAGAAAAGUAUUACCCGGCUCGAAUAGGCGAAAUUUUCAACGACAGGUAUCAAAUUGUUGGGAAACUAGGAUACGGAGUGACAUCGACUGUAUGGCUCUGUCGUGAUCUACAUGAGCCUCGACAUGUCGUACUGAAGCUUUGUGUUUCCUCCUCCAAGCCGAACCAUGAGAUUAGAAUCUACAGUCAUCUCAAUUCCGUUCAAUCUCAAUCUGGCCAUCCCGGCAAAAAUCUCUUUCGACAACUAUACGACUCAUUCGAAGUGAUUGGCCCAGAUGGCACUCACAUGUGCCUUGUUCAACAACCAUUGGGAUUGAGUUUGGAACAGAUGCUCGACCUUCGGCCUACCGGGACUCUGGCUAUACAACUUUUAAAACCUCCGUUACGACAAAUCCUGGGGGGGCUUGACUUCCUACAUUCAGCCAACAUUGUGCAUACAGAUCUCCAAUCCAGAAACAUGCUCCUUGAGAUUGACGAUCCUAAUGUGUUCUCGGUAUUCGAAGAGGCUGAGUUGAAACACCCCGCGCCGAGAAAGGUCCUCGGCGAUCGCGUCAUUUACAAGAGCCGGCGGAUUCCCCGCACACGGUGCCUUCCUAUUAUAACAGAUUUUGGCGAGGCCAGGUUCGGUGAUGAAGAUCACAGAGGACAAGAUAUUAUGCCAGAUGUCUACAGGGCACCAGAGGUUAUUCUCAAGAUGAAUUGGGACAAUAAAGUUGAUAUUUGGAGCAUUGCUAUGGUGUUUUGGGACCUCGUAGCUGGGCGUACCCUCUUCCAAGCCAGGGAUGAUCAGCGACUUCUGGACGAUACACUCCACCUUGCAGAGAUGGUUGCUAUCAUGGGACCUCCUCCUAGGGAGUUCCUGGAACGAAGUGAGAUGAGUUCUAUAUGGUGGGAUAAGAACGGUCAAUGGAGAGGUUUUGCACCCAUCCCUGACAUCUCCCUUGAAAGGCUUGCAGACGAUCUCGAGGGAGAUAACAAAAAGGGACUUCUGGAGUUUCUUCAAAGGAUUCUAUGCUGGAUGCCUGAGGAAAGGCCGACUGCGGAAGAGCUGGUAUUUGACCCCUGGUUGAUGGAGGGGCUUAAUUUAAGGAAAACUACCUAGCGCAAGAAAACUCUCUUUUCGGGCAGAAGUCGGAUCUCAUCCUCAAAAAUGAGAAAGCCUGAUUUCUCAGUUGUUCAAUCUACAAUCAGGUGAUGAUGACAAUAUAACUUCUUCUCACCUCUAACAACUGGCAGAUGUGAGCCAUCUCUUAUGUACUCACAAAGCAGUGUGUCAGCUACUUUUGUUUCUUUCAGCCCAUAUGUCUUCUUUGUUCAGCAUGACUGCCUAUGUAUGAAGUAUGGUAGCAAUUCUGAGAUAAAUUUAAAAGAGUUCUAAUUUGUUCCCCUAUCCACAGAUUGAUGAAAACAGGCAAAUGCCCGGUCCCUGUUACAAAACUACGAUUGGAAUCUAGUGCUGUAGAUAAAGCAUUGCUACCUAAUAACUCUUUAUAUAGCCAGUGAAAUCUCGACAACAUGGUCCACAGGUCUCUGGGUCAGGAAAGAGACACACUGGGCAGAACCUGUGUCCGCACAGGCGGGUUUUCCACUCUGAAGGAUGGUAUAGCAUAUUGGACAUUGACACCGAUGCUCCAGCUCGCUGACCUCAGCCUCAAGCUUGCAGAUCUCCUUGUUUUUCCCAAUCAGCUCUGCACAGUGCUUGAUUUCUAGCUCGGUGUUCCACUUCUUCAGGCGCUGCACUUCUUGUAGGUCCCUGAUCUUCGCGGACCCUGCUUCAAAUACGGUGUGAAUUUUUGUUUUGCUGUCGCCUAUCCUAAUAUCAGCAAAGGGCAAGUCCGGCUCUGAUGGGAGCUUGCCAGAACUGCAUUCAAGUUGGGUAUUUUGCGUUUCAGCGGCUGUGAUUUUGUGGAUGCGGAGGAAUUGAGGAUCGCCGGGCCAUCAAACAGAACCUCAUAUUCUUGGAGGCUAUUGUCCAUAAGGCGUCUCUUUCUCCGUAGCUCUCGCGGCGGGGAUCGAGGUGCGUCCGUCUCUGCAUCUGUAUUGUUGUUAAUGACAAUGGUGCUGCGGGGUUCAGCUUCGGUAGAAGCCAUGGCUCUGAACGCGCUCGUUGAUGUUGGGUGACCUUGGGCCGUGCAAACAGGCCCCUUCGGUGAGUUUCUUGCGGUGGUGGAUGGAGAAUGGAAAUGGAAUUUAAAGAAAGAUGGAGUCGGGGGAGGAGGAAAAGGUGGGGGUGGGGGGGGGGGGAAGGCCAUAUAUAUACCCAACGGCCGAAGGAGAGGUCACGAUUUUACCUCUCCGUUGACGUAUAGCUUGCGUUGAUGCGAGAUGUUGCUCCACUUGCUAACCAGGGCUGGGGACGCUCGGAUUAUGCUUCAGAGUGAGAAGAACGAUGGAUCUGGAGGCGAAGGGAGCCCUCUGUGUAUACCAAUAAAUGGGGGGCAGUCACGGUGUGCUCGGUGCUCGUCUCGGGAUGCUCUCUCCAGGCAUUGAAGCACGGCGCGGCAGCCAACAGUAUCCGAGGACGAAGUCUGAAAAUAGAACUCAUGCAGCAGUGGCGUCCCCAUGUACAUGGAUUAGCAUUACGUCUCACCCUCCGGGGUUGGCAGAUACAUGGGGUUUGGAUUCAUCUUGAGGGAGUUCCCUCCAAAAUUCUGUGGUGUUGUACCGCUUUGCGGGGCCCUACGAGACAUACUCUUUCCUUACAAUGACAAAGGUCUU